CCUCCCGGCUGCCACCAUGACUCAGGGAUUCUGGAAAGUCUACAAGUCCAAAGUGCUGCAGAGUCUGGGCAGCGAAGUGCAGGAGGAGGAGUUCAAGGAUGAGGGGGAUAACCCCGAGCUGGUGGAAACCACAGAUGCCCCAGUUCUGAUGGAGGAGGGAUCGAACCCCAUCUCCCAGCUGGCACGAAGGGUCCAGGGGGCUGGCGCCAGAGGCUGGAGGAGCAUGUCAUCUCUGUUCAGUAGGGAGGAUGAGCACAAGCUGCUGACCCCCGAGCCCUGCGCUGACCACCCCCUGGCACUAAAGCCAGCAGAGUCGCCUCCUGCAGGUAAGACGACGUCAGGGUUCUGGGAUGUCUUUGCCUCCAAGUGGCAGCAGGCCUCUGCGCUGGACAAGAAGACGGCCCAGCCUGAGUUCAGCGAGCCAGCGGCCGAGUUCAGCGGGGCGCCAGGGGAGCCCCUGGGAGAGGAGCCCACUUAUUCCAACAAUGGCAGCGACCUCCAGGAGCCAGAAGAGGGCGCCUUCAAGUGGGGCUUCCUGGUCAGCAAACUGGCUGAGAUAGGGAAUAAAAAUGCCCCCAAGGGUAACUAAAGAGGAAGGACCUUUCCCAUCAGCCUCAGCACAGGGCCCCUCGCUCACUCAGGAGGAGAACACCCAGCAUUUGAACCCUUUCCCUCACUGCAAAGGAGCCAGCAGCACCGUCAGCCUAGAACACCCACAGUGUGGCUGCAGUAUCCCGCCCCCAACCCCCAGGGUCUGUCCCUGUGCGCUAAGGGGCUGGACUGUUCAGCGGCUGAUACCCUCUCCCUCUGGGGAUCCCUCCCAGCCUGCCCUGGGUGGAGAGACUAGAGCGUCUCACCGGCUUUCCCACUCUCCGAGUUCUGUGGUUCACACGGGGACAUUGGUUGCCCUGGGCUUUGCUCACUGGAAUACCUGCUGGGCCUGAGAACGUGGCUGGGCAUGGGGAAUCCAGUGCUCUGAUGCUGAAGGAGGGACCUGCAGGGUUAGUCUGUCCUGGAGCCUUGCUCCCCUCGCCUUGAGUCAACAGCAGCACUUGGCUUGGGAGUGCAGAGCUCGGGGUAGCUCGUACCACAUGGGCAUCUUGGGGACAUGGUGGAGGUCCAGCCGGCACCCAUCAUGCCCAGAAGAAUCAUGUAGGUAACGCAUUGAAACUCAGCUGAAAACAGCCCCCUGGAUGACCCUGGUGCAGCACUGGCCUCUUUGCAUGGUAUGGAUGAGGUUCCCACUGCAGGGAAGCUGUUGUCAGAGCGAGGUCUCUACUAAGCUCCCCCCUUGUGUUCUGUACCAUUUGCACUGUCAGGGAGAGAUUCUGGGACCACUCCCGUGUGUGACGCAUCUCACAGGGCUAAGCACUCCCUACCUGUACUGUACAACAUGCUCACA